GUAUAUUUAAAUUUUGAAGGUCUAUGAAUUUUAAUUGACCGUCUUGAAUGGUCUUGGAGCUGGCAACACUGCUGGUGAUAAAAGAUAAAGCUUAUAGCACUCCCUGACAUUCCGUGGACAUUCCUACCUCAUAUUCAGCUGUUAAUCGUGGCUAACAAGCCAAGAAAUUAAUGAGAAAAGGAGGAAAGUUAUGAAUUUAUUGUCCCACUCUAAUUUGAAUGAAAUUUCGUGGAACCGAUAGAGACGUGUGUCUAGUGAGGAAGUGCGGCGGUAAGUGGAUGGGAGUGGUUCGGUUCUUGUGAAUGAAGAAACUAGUUUUAAAGUGCCGUUUGCAUAUUUGUUGUGAUCGAAUUAAAACGACUGUGGAACAGUGCGUUUCUGGUUAUUUGGAAUAUUGUCUGUAAAUAUAUUGCUUCGGGAAAAUUUUGAAAAAUAAAUACAAUUGUGGAUGGAAGCCAGUGUACACAAGGAAGGUUGAAAGUAAAUGUAAGUGAAAAUGAGUGGUUUUCUAAAAGUCUUUUCAAAAAAGCGGCCGGAGACUCAAGCCCCAUCUGAGAUAGGGCUACCUACUUCAGUUACACAUAAUUACCAUGUGAGCAAAAACCUAGAGACUGGCCAGCUGGAAGGCCUGCCCGAGAGCUGGUUAAGUUUUAUUGAUUCACAAAUAACAAAGAAAGAGAAAGAUGACAAUCCAUAUGCUGCUGUCCAAGCUAUCAAGUAUUACAAUUAUUCAAUCAAGAAGAAGGUUAAUGAACCUUUCAAGCCAUUAUUUACAGAAGAUGUAAUAGAAGAAGAAUCAAAAGAAAUUGAGUAUAACUUAGGGCAUAUACAAGAUGUUCCAACAGAGUGGCAAGAACCUAAAGCAAAUGAUGUAUCAGAACCUACUACUCCACCCAAAAAGGCUCCUCCUGUACCUCCGAAGAAAAGCAAAUCUACUAAAGAGAAGGCCAAAGCAAUGUCGGAGGCUCUGGACGAAGCGCUACAAAAUCUGAGGAUUGAAGGUUUUACAGAUAUUACUUGUCAACCACAUGAUGGUGGGGAAAGUCCUAUUCUAAGGAAGAAAGAAGUGGGUCACAAACUAACAGAUGAAGAAGUCUAUAAUGAAUUGAGUAGAAUAUGCCACCCUGGAGAUCCUCAUAGAAGAUUUGAAAGGAGUAAAGAACUUGGAGCGGGGGCUUCUGGCACUGUUUUCAUUGCCAGUGAUACAACUACAAACCAGAGGGUGGCUGUUAAAGAUAUUGACUUAUCUAAACAACCAAGAAAGGAACUAAUUUUAAAUGAAGUUAAAGUUAUGAAAGAUUUUAACCACGACAAUUUAGUUAAUUUCCUAGAUGCUUACCUUGCAGAAGACCACUUGUGGGUGAUUAUGGAACUAUUGGAUGGUGGUCCAUUGACUGAUGUAGUAACAGAAACUGUGAUGAAAGAGGGACAGAUAGCAGCAGUAUGUAAGGAAGUCCUAAAAGCAAUUAGUUUCUUGCAUACAAAAGGCAUAAUUCACCGUGAUAUCAAGUCAGAUAAUGUUUUAUUGGGUAUGGAUGGAACUGUGAAAGUUACUGACUUCGGCUUCUGUGCCAAUAUUAUAGGGGAUGAAAAGCGUCAGACAAUGGUGGGCACUCCUUAUUGGAUGGCACCUGAGGUGGUUACUAGGAAACAAUAUGGAAAGAAGGUGGACAUUUGGUCUCUUGGCAUAAUGGCCAUUGAAAUGAUCGAGGGUGAACCUCCUUAUUUAAAGGAAACUCCUUUUCGAGCCCUGUAUCUGAUUGCAGCUAAUGGUCGACCACAGAUCAAAAGCUGGGAGAAGUUAUCCCCAAAUUUCAAGGUUGGCAUUUGUUCAGUUAAUCUGCAUUUCCUCAACUGCUGCCUUCAAGUAGAUGUUGAUAAGCGAGCAUCAGCAGAAGAGUUACUUCAGCACCCGUUUUUGGAGAACUGCAUGGAACUGCAUACUCUUACUCCAUUAAUUAGGGCUGCACAAAAGAUUUUACGGAAGGGUUUCUGACAUUUGUCAAUGAUCAAAUAUUUGUUACAAAAUUGUAAGUCAAGAACUCUGUAAAAGAUGAUGUACAGGCUGGUUCUAGCAGUAUUGGUGAUUAUAGUACAUUUAAGUCUUUACAGAGGAGUGAACUAGUUGCAUAUGCAUAUAGCAUAUGUGUGCUUCCAUGUAUUUUUAAUUUAUAGUACUUGUUUUAUAAUAUUACAAAUUUUUUCAUUAUAUACCAUAUUUACUUGGUUCUCUCUGUGGUUAUAUGAAGAUUUGAAGAUGUAAGUGGAGUGUUCCAGUCAUAUCUUUGACUUUAAAUGAACUUUAGGUAUUUUAAUAAUUAGUGUCCAGUAUUUUCCUUCCAAACAUUUUUGUGUGUUUUUUAUUUGCUGCUUCGCAAUUUUUAUUCUAGUAUUCAGGAAGGAUUUAUUUUACAUUUUAUGUUCAAGUAAAUGUGGUAUAAGUUGAAGAUGUAUACAUUUUAAAGAUAAUGUUUAUACUUUCUGGUAUUAUUAUGUUAAUGCUAUUAUUGUUAUCACCUCCUCAGUUACAUUAUUGUUUUCAUUAUCAUCUGUUUCAUCUCUGUGCCAUCACAGGAUAUGUAGCAAUAUAUCAGUUGAUUUGAAAGAACAUUUGACAGAAAGCGUAAUGCGAAAGUUUUAACAUUAUGUAAGUGCUGAGGAGUACAACUGCUGUAUUAUAUAAUUUUACAAGAUGUAACAUGAUUUUCCAUGUUACACGUACGUAUGUUUAAUAUAGAAGUUCCAAAACUCAUUAUUUGAAUUUUCUUAGAAAUUCCAUAGUCUUCCAACAUGUUUUAACAGACAUGUGCACACAAACAUCAUUUAGAAAAAUAGUGAAUGAGUCUUUCAAACGGACAUUUUGCAGUUAUCAAAUAUUAUCACUGCCAGAUCAACUUCAGUUACUGGAUAUGUAAUAUUUGCUCAGCAGUGUUGGGUACACAUUUUGAUAGUACUGCAGGUCUCAAUGUGUGUAUUCAAUUAUUCUGUGAAUAGUUAUUGUGGAUUAUUUGUAAAUAGAACAAUUGAAAAACCAGCUAUUACUUUCACAGUUACAUUGUAAUUGAAAAAUUCAUAUGAGUGAUGCAUGUCCUUGCAUCUUCAUUCAGGAUUACAAUUUUUUGGCGCUUUUUACUUAAUAUCUAGCUUUGAUAAUAAAUUUGCUCUAUUGUGUAGUUUGCCUAAGUAAACAUUGAACAAAAAAAUUAUGAGACUUUAAGUAGAUUUUGCUAGCCUAUGGAUUUUCUCUUAGUAUGAGUAGAGUAUAUUAUGAAGUCCCACAUUGUGUAACUACGUGUGUUAUUGCAGUUUAAAACCUAUGUUUUGAGAAAAUAUGCUUAUUCUGUAUGCAUAAUUUACUUCAAAGAACUUUGUGCAACAUGUUUGUUUGUUUUAUACACUUAAAUUAAGGUAUUUUAUAGACAUUAUAAUACUAUUAUUUAUAAAAUUUAUAAGCCUUUCUUGGGGUUUUAAUGUGUUUUUGUGUCAGUAUUGAAUCUACAUUGACUGGUUUAAAAACUUUUUAUAUUCCACUUCUCAGAAUAUAUAUUUUGAUGUUUGAUUUAAUGUGUACUGCUUAUUUGUUCUCUGCUUACUAUAGUUGUGAAUUAAACAAGUUGGCUUACUGAAAGAGUAUGAAAGUGGUACUCACCUAAGAAACAUUUAACUAAACCAAGUUUCAGUAUGUAGGAACAGAAUGUGCCAGUUGUAUUUACUACUGUAAUUGUGCAUUUGGUUGAAUGGUUUCUACAAUAGAAUUCUGGUAUACAUUUCUAUAUACGGGUACAUGUAAUAAAAGCAAGUUUUCAAGAAGAAUGGAAAAAAAAGUUUGUGCUAAUAUUUUCAUUUGAAUUACAAAUGUAGCUCAUUAGAAAACAAUUUCAUUAUAAAUAUAAAGAAAACUUAUUAUCCCUGUAUAGAUUAUAGAUCUUCUGUUAAUUCAGUUUCACUCAAAAUGUCAUAUAACCUACGUGUCAUGUCAGUGACAAGUGUGCAAGUCAAUACAUUCUUGGCUAUCCGUCAGAUAUUUAUGCUUCUGACUACUAAAAUAGAAUGUAAUGUUUGAUUUAGUAGUAUAUAGUUAAGGAAAAAAGUGUUGAGUACUCUCAUCCCAAUUAUUUGUGCAAAAGAACAGGAUGUAUAAUUAGUACACUACUGAAGAAUUCAUUUCAUUAGGAAAGCAUACAUUUUUGUUGUUUCAGUAAUGACUUUGGUGAUCUUUAUAGUUGUUCUUUGAAUCAGUGGAAUGAGGACCUUGGGGGAUUCCAAACAGUUGAUGAAAACCGAUUCUGUUUUUAUUUUUUGAAGUGAUUUUAUUGUUAAAGUUUUCUCAAUGUGAUAUGUUAGCAACAACAAACCAUAAUCCCUCCAUGUGAGUCCCCUUUUUUCACUCAUUCUUUCAUUUUUUUAUUUUUAUGGAUUUCUGCAGGUAAAUCUAUUAUGAAUUUUAAUAUGUCAAGGGAAAUUUUAAUUCACAAUCUUUAGUGUUUGGUUAAUACACUCUAGAUUUUUCUUUCCAGUUUUGAAGUUAUAUCUUCUUAAUUUCAAACUGAUCUCACCAACUGAAUAUGUUAUUUAUCACAGGGAAGUUUGUUUCCAUGUUUCUGCUUCUCUCAGAGGUAGUUGGCAGAAAUUUCACACACAUUUUUUGGGAAAUUGUUGGCCAUGGGAUUUAUUAUGCCAUCAUUCUGCUAAUUCAGUGAAACUGUGCUUUUUCAGCUUAGGAACUUUUUCUGUGUAGUUAUACUUUGUUCAGGCCACCUAAUUUUUGCAUAAUUGGACAUAGUUCUUGACUGGCUCUGUUGCUGCAUUUGGAGCAAAAGGAAGAACAAUUACACAAGUCAAGAUACAAUUCAUAUUCAAAGUUUCAUUUUCCAUUGAGUUCAUUGAAUUUUCAUAAUUAUUGCAGACUCUCCUCUUAAAGUAGCCAUUUCUGUACUGUUAAUGGUUUCUGAAAUUGAAAUUUCUUGCACUAGGCCUAAGAAAACCUCUUUACUGGAUUAGUUCAGCAAAAAUGUGCUGUGAUACGCAGAAUGCUAUUCAGUAUAUCUAAUGAUCCUUGGUGCCCAUGAACAUGAUAACAAUGGUUAUAAGACUUCCAGCUUUUACAUUUGAGGUACAAAAGAGUAGUAUGUAUGUCAGAAGAAAGAAAGUAUUUUUACUUAUAAUUUUACUGUACAGAAAAGGCACAUUCAAGAGGUUAGUAAUUAAAAAACAAACUUAUGCAUCUUGGUUGUAAUGUGAAUGUUUUUAGACUUGUACCAAAACCUUUGCAUUUCAACCUUGAUACAUUACUACUAUUAAACUAAGUAAUUCCAUUACAAAUUAUUAAUAUUUUCCGAAUAAUAUUUCUGUCUACUUGACAGCUGGGGUGGGAUAGAGCGAUGUUGCCACUUUCUCAGGCGGCAGACACGUAGUCAUAUGGACAUUCUUGCAUCAGAUCACAACAGUAGCAAGAAACAAAUCGCAAUAAGAGUACAAAACAGUAGAUGACUCAAAACCACACACACAAUGCACAACCAAAGAAGUAAUAGUGCCCUAAAAUUUGCAGUUGCUUUGCACUAUAAGAUUUCAUUUUUUCCCAAGUAUCAGCAACUAUGCUGUGUCGUCAGCAAAAUUUGAAGCCUCUGAUUGGAUAACAGAUCUCCUCCCCAAUCAACCGCUAUCUGUCAAAUAUACAGAAAUAUUAUUCGAACAUAGUUUCUGAAAUUUAUAUGUACUUAAAUUUAAACUAUUUCUAAGAAUUCAAGAAACCCUUGAUGUGUAUAUUUUUAAUCACCUGUGGAGAUCUUUAAAUGAUACAUCUUUUAGUACCUCCUUGACCUUUUCUUGAUGUUUGAUAAGUUUCUCUUAUGCAUAAGACAUCAUUGGCAAGAUACAUGUUGUAUGUUUUGAUGCAAAUUAACAAAUUUUUUCAAACUUAGACUAAACUGGCACAGAACCAUUUUAACCUGAAUGAUUUAUUGAAGUUUUGUACAAUUUUUCUAGGUUUUAUUAUACUUGUGUUUUGGAGAUAGUAUAUGGACAGUUGACAGAAGCUAAUUGGACUGCAGAGAUAUCUGAUGACUGUAAAGAAUAAUUGUAUUUUAUAUAGCAUUACAUUGCUUUUGAUAAGCUUGGCAAGUCAUAAAUGGGACCAAUGAAAUAGCUUGUGUCAUUAAUUUGAAGCAGUAGGUUUUUUGACACACUCGAAAACUAAUACU